AUGCCAACUGCCGCUGGCCCCCCCUUCUGUGUCCGUCCCCCCCUCCCCUGGCUCGCAGACAAAAACUACAAUGCUGAACGGGCUAUUGAAGAAAUCCAAUUUGACACCCCUGAAGUGCAUUGCCAGAAGACGGACUACUGGCAGUUUGUGAAGGAUGUGCGUUGGCUGAGCCCCCACGCAGCCCGUCACGUGGACAAGUUUAUCCAUCUCCAUGAGAACGGGCAACAGAAUCCGGAGAGGACCAGAGAGCGAACCCUCGCCGAGCUCUGGCUUCAGCACAGCUUGCAGUUCCACUGCCUUUCCGCUCAGCUGAAGCCCCUCCUGGAGAACAAGGAAUACAUCAGGAAAUUCUACACGGAUUCAGCUUUUCUGCUGAGCGACGCCCACGUGACUGUCAUGUUGCAGUGCCUGGAGGCCGUGGAGCAGAACAACCAUCGGCUGCUGCCUCAGAUCGACGAAUCUUUAUUUGCCAGGAGCGGGGAAUCCUCCGAGCCCAGGACGAAGAGCCUCACAGCCCUCCUGGGACCUACCCCUACCGCUUCCGCCGAAAGUGCAGCCCCGCGGUACCUUGGCUCCUUCUCCGGGUUUCCGUCCACCUGUGCCAACAUCCCAGACAGGAGAUUAUCAAGCCCUCCGGCGUUCGGUGGCACCAUCCAGUCUCAAGAAAAUGCCGCUUGGACUUCCGCUCACCGGCACCAGGAAGGCAGGUGCUCCCUACCUCCAGCCGGCCCUCCUCCUCCUCCUCCUCAUCUCAGGAUCUCUGGCCCCAAUGACGACGACAACGUCCCGGCUUCUGGAACAAGCCCCGGGCCUUUGCCCAACCCAAACUCAGAUUCUUGGUCCGGAAGCCAAGAUGAGACAGACGGGCCGGAAUACCUGGCCAUCGGCAAUCUCGGCCGGGCGAGUCGGCCCUGCGACAGCCCCGAAGAAUCCGGCACUGCCACUCUGAACAGUUCGGGGAGCAGCACCUCCAACCUGUUUUCAUCCAGCAGCUCCCAGAAGCAGGAAUCGGGCUCCUCCUGGGGGGAGCUGGGAGGCAGCUGGAAGUCCUCGCUGUUGCGACGGUCCAGUUUCUCCGAGGGACAGGCCUCGAUCCCGCAAGGGAAACCCAAACGGAGCCACGUGCGUUCCCAUUCGGACACCAACGUAGCUUCUGCGAAAGCUCACGAGUCCAAUGGAGACGUUUCGCAGUACAAGGGCAGCGCUUCCUGUUCCAUGCAGAACAAGGAUGGAAGCACCCCCGGAUCGGUCUACGUCGAAUACGACACCCGCCAGUAUCUGCAUCCAGGUGAAGGGAUGUUCCGGAGGCCUACGGAAGGCCAGUCCCUGAUCAGCUACCUGUCGGAACAAGAUUUUGGCAGCUGUGCAGACUUGGAGAAGAUAUUUUUUUUUACAAGGUUUAGCUUCUUCCCUCUUGCAGGUCUGAAAGCAACAGACAGCGGAUCGUAUUUCAGCUCCCAGGACUCCACCUGCCCCUCCGAUUCGGGAUCUGUGGAAGAGGUGGACGAGUACGAGAUCCGAGAUGGAAACGAAGGAUCCAACCUGAUUCACAUGUCCAACAGUGACCUGUCUGUCUCGAUGGCCUCGUUGUUUUCAGAUGCGGACAUCAAGAGGAACCAACCUCCGAGUAAAAAGUCCUUCCUUUCCUCCGGUUCCGCGAGCUACCACAGCUUCCUCAACUCCAAUUCGGCAGAAGCCGUAGCCAUGGGCUUACUCAAGCAGUUCGAAGGGAUGCAGCUGCCCGCGGCCUCCGAACUGGAGUGGCUGGUGCCCGAACAUGACGCCCCACAGAAGCCCCUUCCUCUCUUCCUUCGUCGGACGGGCCUUCCAGAUUACAUCAAGCGGAUGCGCUACUGUGAGUACCUGGGCAAAUACUUCUGCCAGUGCUGCCACGAGAAUGCCCAGAUGGUCAUUCCCAGCCGCAUCCUUUGCAGGUGGGACUUUGGCAAGUACUACGUCAGCAAUUUCUCCAAGGACCUGCUGCACAAGAUCUGGAACGACCCUCUCUUCAACAUGCAGGACGUUAACUCUGCCCUCUACCGCAAGGUCAAACCUCUCAACCAAGUCAGGCUUUUAAGGAUCCAGCUCUACCACAUGAAGAACAUGUUCAAAACGUGUCGCCUAGCUAAAGGACUUCUGGAUACCUUCGACACGGUGCCGGGCCACCUGACCGAAGACCUUCACCUUUAUUCCUUAAACGACCUAAGCGCCAUCAAGAAGGGGGAGCUUCUACCCCGCUUGACCGAGCUCCUCCGGGUGGGAGAGCUGCACGUUGAGAAAUGCAUGCUGUGCCAAGCGAAGGGCUUCAUCUGCGAAUUCUGCCAGAAUGAAGACGACAUCCUGUUUCCCUUCCAGCUGAACAAAUGCAAGACCUGCGAAGAGUGCCGAGCUUGCUACCACAAGGGCUGCUUCCGGUCAGGACCCUGCCCCAAGUGCGCCCGCUUGCAAGCUCGCCGGGAGCUCCUGGCCAAGCAGAGCCUGGAAGCCGACCUGUCCGACUACGAACCGGAGGAGGAGGAGGACGACACGGUCGGGGCAGCCACGUGACAGCCAAGAAGCUGCGGGGGUCGCCACGUGCCGGCCUGCGCUUCCAAAAGAACUGAACUGACCAGCCACAGAGCUGGACGCUCUUCCCGACGCUCCGAAGCUCAAGCCACGGAAAGGCCUUUUCGGCCUGCGGAAAGCGACGUUUCUUUCUCUCCUUCUGCUGGACUCGAGCGAACGAGGUUUGGCUCCUGGGAACCAACUCAGAUGCCCAACGGAGGGGAAUUUUCCUUUCUACGGAAAGGCAGAGGGGUAUAUGCCUGCAAGGGCUUUGCUCCAUCCACGGGGGAGAAGCCGAGGAUGGGCUUUCCGGAGGCUGAAUUCCCCAACAGGAUCCGGCCACACGCGUAAAAGGG